UAUCGAAGAAUUCGUCCAUGCCCUUCACACCUCCCUUGAUGAGAUUACAUUCGGUUUUCAACCACAAAAAAUUACUAGAUCCACCCCACAUUCCAAUUCGUAUUAUAUUUAAUUUAAGAAAGCGAUUAUCCGCCGUUGCCGAUAUCAUCUCGAUUGAGGAGUAUUCGUUCGUACACUCGAGUAUUAUAAUAGACCACUCAACAACUCACAGAUUCUUAUUUACAUUAAGUUAACAAAUCGAUGGAUGAAUCAUUGCGGCAUUAACCGACAGCUCCUUCAAAUCCACGGGCAUAGCUCCUCGAAAUUCGUAAACUUCAUAGUCAACAUUCUACCCAGUUUGAGUCAAACGGUUCUCUCACCGAUCCAGUUUGCUGCCUCCCUAUUUAUAAUUUCCGAGAAAAUUUUAUGGUUUACUUCGCGCAACAUGUUUGAGGCAGUGUGGUUUGUCGUCAUGUUGUGUGCAACGGCCACCGGUUUUGUAGUCGAUCGGACUCUCGAACCGAUGGCCUCCGGUCGCGACGUCGUGGAAACUGUGAUUUAUCGGAUCCAGCGAAGUCGUGUGUUUCCCGACGACAGGGACUUCCUCCGCCGCGUGGCCUACACCGAGAGCAAGUUCGGCGAGGAACCCGCCACCUAUCGCGAGGGCUACAAUGGGGGCAUCUGGCAGUUCGACCGCUUCAAGACGACCCAAUUUGACGCUCAAAGUAACGGCACCACCCCUGAGCUUAGAAGCAUUCACACGGCCAUUAGAGAUACGCUAGGCAUCAACUGGAUGCAGGCGAAGGAGGAAGACAUGCUAAAACCACUCUACUCUGCACUCGCCGCAACCAUUUACAUCGAGUUAACGAGGUUGUCCAGAGGUCCAAUUCCUGACGUCAUCAAAGCCCAAGAUAUGUUUUGGAAGGACUACUACAAUACUAACGGAGGCAAGUACGGGGAUUUCGAGAGGCGGGCCCAAGAACUCCUCGAAAAAGACAUGCGCGCAUCCGGCGGGAAGAUAGACGUCAUGAUGGUCGUCGACGGAAGCGCGAGUAUAGGCCAGCACGCUUUCCAGACAGCACUGGAUUCCUUGGCACGCCUGGUGACCUUAUUCGACCUUCAGGAGGCAAACGUCGGUAUGGUCACCUACUCGAACACAGUGACCAGUCUGAUUCCGCUGGUGAACAAUUUCACCACGGCCAGACUUCAGGAGGCUAUUCGAGGUACGCUGUAUCCGGAUGCAGGGACGAAUACUUACAUCGGUAUGAUGGCAGCUGUCGAUGAAUUUAAAAAAUUGCCAGAGAAUCGAGGAGAGAGAGGUGUUCCAAGACUUCUGGUCGUCUUAACCGAUGGAAAUCACUUGACAGGACCCAAACCAGGAAUUGCGGCUCAGAAGGCUGCCAAAGCAGGUAUCAUACCAUGUGCUUUCGGAAUCGGCAAUGAUAUUGACGACUCGGAGCUACUCGAAAUUGCGAAUAAUAUAUCCGAUUACAAGUUCAGGACAGAAUCAUACUACUCGUUGCAACAGCAGAUAGUUCUCAUCGCUCGGUGGGUGAAGACCCUUCCGCAGACGCUCAAGAUGGGAUUUGAAACGAGCGACACGCUCAAGGAAGCUAACGAGAAGAGGCACUAUCAAUUGGAGGUACCAGAGAACGGUACAACGAUCAGACUGGUCAACGAAAGGGGUGAAUCUCGUGGCUACUGGACUUACGCCGACGAGCGACCGUCCAGCGCACUCUAUGAUGGGACCAUAUACGGAGGAGAGACGUUUAUUCCACCACCGCAACCUGCUCCCGGAAAUAGGAGCGACACUGUGAAAACAGCCUCGAUGAGUGAUUUGAAAAUUGCGAUAGAGAGCUUUGAGGCAAACAGCAGGCUGAGGGUGUGGAUUCUUGAGGGAGAUGCCACCGAAUCCGCGGCUGUCAAACUUGACUUUGCAUGUUUUGUGCAUGUCGCUGUCUAUAUUUUCGCUGCUGUUCUUUUGAAAUAAAUGAUCCUUGUAAUGCAA